UUCAUCUCUGCUCCUAAGACAGGAGCUCAUCAAUCCCCUGGUCCCUCUGGCCUCUUGCUGUGCUCCUGGCCCCUUCCCCAGCAGCUGCUGGCAGUGAGGCUGGGAUGGAAGGACAGCCGGAUGCAGAGCCAAGAGAUCGAGAGCAGAUGGAUUGUGAGAGGGAAGCUGUGGGGGAUGAAUGGAAGCGCUGGCAAAGAGGACAGGUUAGGAACACGCUGCACCUCGUGUCCGCAGUUGCUCAGUGGAUAUUGCUGCUUGCCUGCCUGAUUUACCUUGGUAUAGAUUUUCUGCGGCCCGCAACGACCCAGAGCGACAAAGUGCUGUGGACCCACAUCCGGUACACAGGUAAAAGCAUCAAGGGGAUAGCCAUGAAUCUCAGUGCUGAAUUAGGCCCUAUUCAGAUCAGAAAUGGUUCCAUCAUGAUCCCCUGUGAUGGCCUCUACCUCGUGUCCCUGAAGAGUUCCAUCUACAUGGAAGAGGAGGACUUGCUGAAGCUGACCCUUGUGAAGGGGACACACAAGACAACCAGCAGUGCCCUGUGGGAGCAGACUGUGCAGAAAAGCGACACCACAGUAAAUCUCACCACAGUGCUCUUCUUGUUUCAGGAAGACAGAAUCACUCUGUCGACCAACUCCAAUGCCACCAUCUCAGGUCUAUCAUUUAGCCUGGUGUUAGUGACACCAAGGGCUGACUGUAGGAGCUGAUGAAUGAAGUGCAACAUGGAAAGUACAGCCUUCCCUACCAAUCUGUAGGUUUUGUACUUGUACAGGCAGAUUGCUCUAGAAUCCCUCCCUGGGGCCGCAGAAAGCCUCAGCGGGAGUGCAGAUAAACCACAGUGCAGACAGGCUUUAUAUAGUGCAUGCAGGGUUCACCUCUUUGGAGCUCUGUGCAGCUGAUUUGCUACCUAGGAUGCAUCUUUCCAACACUGGGGAAAGGGAUGCAUGGAGCUCUUGAAGAGAACAGUAAUGAAAGCCAAAGAAAGUCACCCAAGCUUAGCUCAUAUUCAGAGAAACCCUGGGUUUCUCUAUUUACUUGACAGUAUCUGUAUAUAGUAGAAAUGUGCUGUAUUUUUUCUCAAAUAAAAGUCUGGUAAGUCAGGAAGAUACCUCAAGUGUCUUGAAGCCACUGGGAGUAGGAGGAGCACAAGUCUGCUCAACAACCCCUCGCCUGGCAAGACGAAAAACUGGGAAGAGGCAGCAAGGGAAUGCCUUCGGAGUGAUCCAGAUAAAGACUUUCUCACAGGAAAAGGCCACGAAAGAAGGAGGUAUUUUGAAAUGAGCUGACAGGACUGCACUGGACAGCAGAAGCACAGGUCUUGCACUGGCUGUGGGGUUUUGGGGAGCAGCCUUUGAGAGAGGAGGCCCACUGGCUGUUCCAGCUAUCUGCAGCCUACUGAAGCCUGACCCAAAGGAAUAUCUGGUGAGACAUUUACAUCUUGAGAUGUAAGGUCUCAGAGGAAAGUCUCCUUCAAGCACACACACACUGGCUUGACCCAAAGUGAUCCAGGCACAUAAAAACUUGAGAAAA